CUUACUACACUAACAAGACUUGACCAACAGUUCAUGUGGAUAAGGCACUUUCAGUCUAGUUACAUAAUUUGAGCGUUGAAUACCGGUACAAGCCAAAUCGUCACCUGGUCGAUUCGGCACCUAAUACACAGAUACAUGUACACUACAGGCUACAGAUCUUCUUCUUCUUUCAGUUUCCGCACUCCAUCAUAAUAUUGAUGACUAUGUGCCGUGCAUGCAUAAAUCAACACACGUCAUGGUAAAAAUUUUAAGUAAUGGUGACAUAGUACCAGAUGAUGAUCCAAGGGCACAACAGAGUUCAUCAAGAUCUAGCAGGCCUACUUCAGCAAGACCUAGACAGGGGUUUGUUCAGCAUGACAAUAAUGCUUACCAACAAGGUCAAGCUGGAGGACAAAGUGUAUCUGUAUUUACUGUGGUUAAUCAAAAACUGUUAGGCUACGGACUGCCUAGAUUUAAUGUUGGACCUUAUGUUGUGGAGCCCAUUGUUAUAGUAGCUUUUGUAUUAGCUGGACUUUUGAUGGGCCUUCCUGGACUUAUAUUUGCAGCAUUGUUAUUUUUUGUAUCACAAUGGAGUGGUAUAGGCGGGGAAGGAGGAGGAGGAGGGGCAGGUCAGAGGAUGGGAGGGGGAAAUCAAGGAGGUGGUGGUCAUAGACUUGGUUAAUAAUUAUAGUAAUUUAUUAUAAAUUCAUUGUGUUUUAUGCAGAUAUAUUUAUUACAAAGAUCAUGUUAUUGUUAAAGAUUUGAUACUGUACAAGCACUUUGUGUGAAGUUCAUAAACAUAAAUAAUCAUAAGUUUCACAGCAAGUCUGACAGGACAAGAAGAUUGAGGUAAUUGAGAUGAUUUCUGCCAAGAUAUUCAAACUGGAUGUUAAUCUGUUUUAGCUACUAUAAUCAAUCUCAGACAAUAUCAGUGGGUGUUGCAAACUUAACAUUAUACAAUGUUGUUUUUAUCCAACAGUGAUUUUUUUUACAUAAACUUGCAUUCAAGCUUUUUCUCACCUAGUGAGUCCAAAUAUGUGAUAAAAUUAUACCUUCAUGUGGUACUGUUAGAGAUUAAUGGGGUCAAAAUUUUUGACAUUUACACAAAAUUUCGGUUUCUUACAUAAUGUCUGUCCAAAGGAUAGAAAUGUUUAACUUGUUUAAUUAAAAAGAUAAACACAAGCAGAUUUAAAAAAAAACAUUUGGAAAAUCCUCUUUACAUAAUUUAUUUAUAUUAAAUUUUCAUAAUUUUAAAGAGAAACUAGAUGUGUCAGAACAACACUAAUGGCCCCACUUGCAAAAAAAGCUUCAAGCCAUUUUUAAGAGUGUAAAUUUAAAAAUGAAAGUCUGUAUAACUGAUAUUUUCACAUAAUUUUAAAAGUCCAAAGCCCGUAAUUUCUGCAAAAAUCAGUGAAGUGGAACCAAACGUAAACUUGAUCUGUAACUCAUCAUAGUAGACUCGCAUACUAAAAAUCAGCUGAAUAUGUGAAGGAAUCUAAAAAAUAUCUGUAUAACAGUUCAUUGCGGAAUGAUGUAUAAGGGUAAAACUAUAUGGCCCCCAACCACUUUGUGGUUUGGCCAUCAAAAUGGCAUUUUUACUGUAUAUCUAAUCUGAUUAAAUUCAGAUCCUGUGUCCAAGCUUUGCUUACAAGGAUCUGAAAAUGAUUCAUUCUACUUUCUAUUGUAAAGAACUUUCAGGAAUCCUCUGGUUUUAUCAGAUUAAUAUUCACCAUCAAGGAAGUAAAACAGAAUGUUUUCAGAGCCUUGUAAUCAUCAGUGAUUUGUUUUUAAAAAAAGUUGGUACGAAUAAUCCUCAUACACAAUCAAGCAACUGAACAUAGAAAAUGAUAGUGCAAGUGGGGCAUCCAUGUACUAUGGAUACAUUCUUGUUUUAUUACACAAUUUAAUCAAUUUACUUCAAUUUUUUUUUUACAUAUCACUUGUAAAAAAACUGUUCAAUAGAAAUAGCAUAUAUGGUAUUGCAUCAUAAAGAUAUUUUAGGAGAGAAAGUUGAAUGAAAGUGAAGUAAAUUGUGUAUUACAUUGUAUUGUGCAAUAAACUGUAAAUAAAAUUUGAUACCAUUUCAA